AUGGAAGUGCACAUCCCCGAUACCUUCACUCCUCCGGUCUUCAAGAUGUAUGAUGGUUCGUCUGACCCCGAAGGGCACAUCAAGUCGUUCACUAACGCGAUGGCCUUCCGGACGGGGGUUGAUGCCAUAUGGUGCUGGGCCUUCUCGCUAUCUCUAGAAGGAGAGGCCCUAGAAUGGUUUAACUCAUUACCGAACAAUUCAAUAGAGAACUUUGAUGGCAUAAGCCGAAUGUUUAAGAAACAAUUCGCUGCGUGUAAAACUCAAGAUGUCACCAUUGUUGAUUUAAUGAACUUGCGCCAAGGAAAGGAAGAAACGCUGCGAACCUUCAUGGACCGGUUCCAGAAGAUUGUUCGUCGAGUGAAGGGACUCACGGUUGAACUGGCCUUACAGUCUGUCCUAUCAGCCCUGCGGCCCGGACCGUUCAAGGAGAGUAUCUGCCGUACGCCCCCAACCACGAUGAAGGAGUUACGAGAACGGACAGCCGACGAGAUAAGGGUGGAGAACAUGAAGCUCGGAGAAAAGGACGCAGCCACAGAACUCAAGGAGGACAAGACAGAUUCCCGGAAGGCAGAUUUCCCAAACAACAAACAUAGAACCGGGGGGCCCCGAGACCUACCCCGGCAACCCAAAUUUCAACAAUACACCCCCCUCAACGCCCCUCGGGCCAAGAUCUUACAGGAGGCCCUCAGUGCUCAAGCGCUGCCUCCACCAAGAAGCCGACCCACCCCGUCUGGGGCCGACCAUACCAAGCACUGCCUUUACCACAAAAACAUGGGGCAUUCCACCGAAGAAUGCAUCACGUUGCGCGACAAGAUCGAAGAAUUGAUCCGAGCAGGACAUCUCAAGGAAUUCAUUCGAGUAGAGAAACCCGAUAGGGAAGAACGUAUCCACCAUCGACCCCCUCCAAGGCCUGCGCCACCCUGCCAUGACGACCGCCGUCCACAUUAUGACGACACUCGUUAUCGGCCCACUCGGUCGGAUCAUCGUCGGAUCAUCGUCGUCACGACAGGACCGGCCCACCUAGAAGAAGCAGGACACCCUUUGAAAGGCAACGGAGCCGGAGCAGGAGCCGCGACCGUCCGGUCUGUGGCGUCAUUAAUACCAUAUCGGGAGGAUUUUCAGGCGACAGACCCUCGUCCUCAGCGCUCAAACGACGAGUCCGCGCUCUGA